AUGGCGGCGCCGGAGGGCGGCUCUGCCGCGAUGCCCGCGGCUUGUCCCGCUCCGCCCGGUCCCUCGGCUCCCGGCUCCUGGAGCCGCUCCUUGGACCGAGCUCUAGAAGAAGCGGCGGUCAGCGGGACCCUCAGUUUGAGCGGCAGGAAGCUCCGGGACUAUCCGCGGGCCAGCGCCGCCAACCACGAUCUGAGCGACACCACCCAGGCUGACUUGUCACGGAACAGACUGUCGGAGCUUCCAGCAGAAGCCUGUCACUUUGUCUCCCUUGAGACUCUUAAUCUAUACCAGAACUGCAUUCGUUACAUCCCAGAGGCUGUUUUGAACUUACAGUCUUUAACAUUUCUAAAUAUCAGUCGAAACCAGCUUUCAACAUUGCCAGUACACCUCUGUAGUCUACCACUAAAAGUUUUGAUAGCAAGUAAUAAUAAGUUGGUUUCAAUACCUGAAGAAAUUGGACAGCUCAGACAGCUGACAGAGCUUGAUGUGAGCUGUAAUGAAAUACAGACAAUACCUCCACAGAUUGGCAAUUUGGAAUCCUUGCGAGACCUAAAUGUCAGAAGAAAUAAUUUGGUGCGUUUACCUGAAGAGCUUGCUGAGCUGCCUUUGAUUCGAUUAGAUUUCUCCUGCAAUAAAAUAACAACAAUCCCAGUUUGUUAUAGGAACCUCAGACAUCUUCAAACCAUCAUGUUAGAAAACAACCCUCUCCAGUCCCCCCCUGCACAGAUAUGUAUAAAAGGAAAAAUUCAUAUAUUUAAAUACCUGAACAUAGAAGCAUGCAAGAUAGCUCCAGACUUGCCUGAUUAUGAUAGGAGACCCAUGGGAUUUGGAUCAUGCCACGAGGAACUCUAUUCCAGUCGUCCAUAUGGUGCACUCGAUUCUGGGUUCAAUAGCGUGGACAGCGGAGACAAAAGGUGGUCAGGGAAUGAACCAACAGAUGAGUUCUCAGAUCUCCCAUUGCGUGUGGCAGAGAUCACCAAAGAGCAGAGACUGAGGAGAGAAAGUCAGUACCAAGAAAACAGAGGGGGUGCAGUUGUAACUAAUGGUGGAGUGGAACAUGAUCUCGAUCAGAUCGACUACAUUGACAGCUGUGCCACAGAGGAGGAGGAGGAAGAGGUGAGGCAGCCCAAGUGCCUGGAGUCAGACAGCCUCAGCUCCCAGUUCAUGGCAUACAUAGACCAGCGGCGGAUCUCCAAUGAGAGCUCACCGGUAAAACCUGUAUCCGUCAGAGAAUUUCAGAGAGCAGAGGAUACAAGACGACAUUUACAUCAAAACAGGGAUACAGAUGAAUUACGAAGACCUGAAACUCUAAAUUUGAUGCAGGACAGAGAGCAUCACCAAGUACUAAGGAAUUAUGUGGACAGGACAGAGAGACCCCUGCCUGAUUCACCUUAUUUUCUCUCGCUAUCAAGUCACCACACCCAGGUGCCCAACACAGAUUCUGAGCUGCACCGCCGGCACAUCGAGCGCACCCGUCGGGAGGCCCAGCUGGCAGCCCUUCAGUACGAGGAGGAGAGGAUGAGAACUAAGCAGAUUCAGAGAGAAGCUGUCCUUGACUUUGUUAAGCAAAAAGCCUCCUUAAGUCCUCAGAAACCAAGUCCAAUGGAUAGUGAGUGUCCCUUUCCAUCCAGAAGGUCUCAGCAUACUGAUGAUAGUGCCUUGUUAGUGAAUGGCUUUGAGCCUCUCUUUGUGUUUGAGAUUGACAAUAACACCAAUACCAUUAAAAGGAGGCCAAGCGCUCGCAAACAGUCACUUUCAGGGUUGAACCAAGAAAGCUGUGCUACUACCCUGCCUAGUGCCUCUACCUUCAGUCCUGUCAAGAGUGAUGACAGAUCCACCAUCUCCCCUGGCUCACCUACUGCUCAGACAGUCCACCUUUCCCCUCCAUAUCCUGCCCAUGCAGCCCCGCCUUCCUAUAGAAACCCUUCCCAGCGACCUGAGAGUUUCCUUUUCCGAACAGCUGUCAGGGAUGAAGCCAAGAAAGCCGUUGCUUCAUCCUCUACCCGUGCCUUGUCUCCUGCUAAUGAUUCUGCAGACCCUCGAGUGAGACAAAACUCCAAACAGCGGGAGGAAGAACUGGAGCUGAUAGAGCAGCUACGCAAGAACAUCGAGUCGCGGUUGAAGGUGUCACUGCCCAGCGACCUCGGGGCGGCUCUCACCGACGGCGUCGUUCUGUGCCACCUGGCCAACCACGUGCGGCCCCGCUCUGUCCCCAGCAUCCACGUGCCCUCACCUGCUGUUCCUAAACUUACAAUGGCAAAGUGCAGACGAAACGUGGAGAAUUUCUUGGAAGCUUGCAGAAGGAUUGGAGUGCCUCAGGACAAUCUUUGUUCCCCUUCUGACAUUCUCCAGCUAAACCUCAGCGUUAAAAGAACAGUUGAGACUCUUCUUUCCCUGGGGACAGAUUCAGAAGAAUCCAGUCUCGUGUCUCUUUCCGUUCAGCUCUGGGGCUUUGUGGUGUUUUACUGUACUCUAAUGCUAACGCUCUGUAUGUUCUAUCGCUGGGUCUUUUUUCUCUAGUGAAGGAUAGUGGUGCUGCUUCCUCCCUUCGUCACUCCAGUGCUUGGGAACAGAUUCUGGGCUUUGCCAAGACUGUGUGUAUGAAGUGCUUUGUUUCCCACGGAUGGGACAGAGGUGACAAGUACGAUGUGGAAACAUGUUGGUGCACCCACACCACCAUCCGUGACCCAAUUCCCAUUUGUAUUUGCUGUGUUACAUUGAGCAGAUGAAAUGCUUUCCAAGGGAGGAGGUGCUGUCCCCGGGCUCAAGUGAGGGCUGAGGUCAGGACACGUGGUGCAUGCUGUAGUCUGCUGACCAGUGGUGUAGUGAAAACUGCAGUGUCAAUUUGUGCCUCUGUUCCCCCAUCUGUAUAAUGGGAAAUGCAACCACUAUGGUAAAUUGCCUGAGGAUUAUCUGAUGAAAAAUGUUAACAAUGUGAAGUAUUUUUUUCAAUGUCAGUGUUCUUGAUGCAAUCUCACAGUCUUAGGAGACAUGGUCUGGUAUUGUCCACAGAGCUUUCUAACUGGUUUGGUUUUUUAUCCCCAGUCCUUUAUCCUGCUUCUGAGCACAUUUGAUUUCUCAAAUUUAUAGACUCUGCUGUAUUACUUUGAGUCAGGAUUUUUUAGAACAACUGUCAAUGAAUCCUGAACUACUUGAACUUGAUAGCAAAAAAAAUUUCAGAGAAAUGGAGCUCUUCAACAGCUUUAAGAGAAAAGUGUUCUGGAACAGAAAGAAAAAUCUUUAUGAUCUUGUCAGGUGCUACAGAAUGUCAUA